AUGAAACAUCCAUCGUGCAUGUCAUCAAAAUCGAAACCAUCAUUUAUUCAAAUUACAAAUAAUCUUCGUGUUUGCGGAGAUUGUCAUCGUGCUACAAAAAUGAUCGCAAAAAUUCGUCAAUGUGAAAUUGUUAUACGAGAUGCAAAUCGUAUUCAUCAUUUUCAUCCAAAUGGACAAUGUUCUUGUCAAGAUCAUUUCUAG